AGUUAAUUUAGCCACGAUGACGAACACAUUUCCAUUGGUGUUGCUCUUUUUAUUCGGCGUCGUUUUUGGUAGCCAAUCGCCUCCUUGGGUGCUCAACAGAGCUGACCCUGGUAGCGGUGGUGUGUCGUUCUUCAACAAUACUGUCACUGACUCGUACAUGAUGGUAAGAUGGACUUGGAGGGACUCGGCAAGCGGCUUCUGGGAUACCAGAUUAAGAGUAACGCUUAAUAAAGAAGAAAUAACCGGUGGUGGAUUCUCGUAUUCCGAUCAGUAUGAAAAUGAACUGGCGUCGGUCAGGUGGUUUAGAACUAAAAUGGAUGGACCGAUCAAAUGGAAGUACACUUCAUUUUCCUCGCCUCCCAAUAGCUGGUGGAUGACUUCGGUGGUACCGAACGGCAAUAUAUCUUGGGGAUUCAAAAAUCAAAUCAUUGACGGCUCGUGGGUGUUUAAAGUCGGUAACGAUACGCUUGAACCGAAAAACUCUCAAAAUGCUGAUGGAUGGUCGCAAGCGGCAGGAAAUAGAUGGAGGAGGUCUUUGAAAUCACAUGAGAAUGGCGUUUACAACUUAAAAACAGAACAAAAGCAUUUUACUAAAAUAAAACGAAGUUCCUUUGAUGACUACUACGAUGAAGAGGAAGAAGAUAUAAUUCAAAAAAUUAUUGGUUGUUUUAUGGAAUUUUUCAAUCAAUUCGAAAAAAUUAUUCAGAAUAGUGGGUUAUUUAAGUAGUAGUAAUAGCAAUAAGCCAAUACAAUAAUUAAUUAUACUACUUUUCAUGAAAAACUAUCUUCUUUCAUAGAAAACAAUACUAGGUAUUUCAUAAUUAUAAAUUUGUUAGUUUGUCACCACCUAACAAAAUAUAUUGCACUUAUUUUUGUUAUAUUUUAUGUCAAAAUGAAAAAAAAUACACAACUGUUAUUCUUUUAAUAUAAUAUGGUAUUUAUAUAUAAUUUUUACAAAAUCAUCAAUAUGAAUAUACACAAUGGCUUACUCGCUAAAUAGUCUACAACAAACUUAAAUUUAGGUACAAAAAUAUAUAAUUUUAUAAAUAUUUUGGACAUAAAAGAAAUAUUAUUGUUGUCUAAAGUAAAACUGAUAGCUAGUCAAUAGCUAGACAUAAUAUUUUAACAAUAUAAUAUUUUUUGGUCGUGUUGUAUACAAUACGCUUUACAUAAUAAUAAUAUAAUAUACAAAAAAAGGCACAAA